CGGGGCCUGCCUGAGCGGAAGUCGCGGGCGAGACUCCGCCCCCUGUCUCCCUGGAGCGCAGUGGCUCCUAAAGCUCCCCGUCUGGCCUGGCGCCCACAGCGGACCCUCCCCGCUUCGGGACCCCGUGUGCCCCCUCCCUCCCAGGUCGGACCCCGCAGAGGGCAGGCCCCAAGGGUUCACCGGGGCCGCGGGGCGUGGUCCGGCCGCGUCGAGAGUCCCAGAGGUGCAGACAGGCUGCCUGCUAGGUGUAGCGAUGGAUGUCCAGAAGCUGCCUCCCCAGAGAAAGACACCAGAGUCGCAGCUGUCCCGAGAGCACAGGCAGCCCUUUCCCCCACUGGGCCUCACAGCCACCCCAGGCCAGCCCAGUGGCGAGAGCAGCUCUCAGCAGGGACUGCAGACCCAGGACUGGGUGUGCGAGCUGCCGGAGUGCGGGCGCCCCGGCCGCCACUGGAGCGUCAGCAUCGACGAGCGCCGGCAGCUGGCCAUGCUGGGCGACCGGGAGAGGCCGGGCUCCAGGUCCUCCUCCCCAAGCUAGGACAUCAUGCAGAUGGUGGCCCAGCUGGUGUCUGAGGACGUGGACAAGGACGUGCUCUUCUCCCAGCCGCCGAACUCCCCCGAGUCCGUCAGAGCCUUCCGAGCCUUCCAGACCCGUAGCGCAGGUUUCUGGCACAAGGCGACUUCGAGGUUGCCUCCCUCCUAAGAACCGGCUCAACCCA